AUGAAAUCGCGGCUUCAGAAAUGGGGGUUGUUUCAACCCCAGCCCUCCUGCCCCAAGUCCCCGGGGGGGUUUUGCCCCAGCGGGGGCCCCUGGGGGCUCUUCCCUGCGGAGCUGCGAGUGCGGGAGCACUGGGGGGACAGCGGGGCGCCGAGGGCGCUGGGGCUGACGGAGCUCGGCCUGCCUGCCAAUAUGGAGAAAUUUCUCUAUGGAGAAACCGAAAUUAGAUCAAUUCCGACUCCGGGCAGAGUUGGGUCUCAGAGCUCUGACUCAGAUUCAUCUGCUGCACCAGGAAAUGCUGUGGACGUGAACAACGAAGGCUCCUCCGAGGGCUUCAUCUGUCCACUAUGUAUGAAAGUGUGUGUAACUCCUACUGAUCUGUGUGAACAUUACCAGAAUGAGCACUCUGGGACAGAAAGGAGAAGACAGGAGCUUCGUGACCUUCCAACUGUCACUGGCUUUAUUUGUCCUCUGUGUAUGAAGUCUCAUGGAUCAGCUGAGGAGCUGUUCAAGCACUAUGAAGCAGUUCAUGAUUCUGGCAUUGAUUCAACUCACGGAGGGGAAAGUCAUCUGUCACCGAGCAGAGAUGAAGUAUCACUGCUCCGACAAGAAGUCCAGGACCUGCAAGCCUCACUGAAGGAGGAGAGAUGGUACUCAGAAGAGCUGAAGAAAGAACUAGAAAAAUUGCAGGGGCAGCAGCAGCAAGAUUCUAAGUCUGAUGGAUUGACAACAGCUACAUCUGCAGAAUCAUUAGAACAUCAACUAGAAGAGAUCCAAGUAGAAAAUUUUAAUAUUAAGCAAAUGAAAGACUUAUUUGAGCAGAAAGCAGCACAGCUGGCCACUGAAAUUGUGGAACUUAAAGCAAAAUACGAUGAAGAAACCAGUCUUCGGGAAGGUGCAGAACAGAAAGUGACAAACCUGACACAAGAACUGCAGAAAGAGAGAAAUACCGUAGAAGACUUAAAGACAGAACUGCUGCAAAGGCCUGGUCUGGAGGAUGUGGCUGUCCUGAAAAAGGAGCUGGUCCAAGUUCAGACACUGAUGGACAAAAUGACUUUGGAGCGUGAAAGAGAAUCUGACAAGCUGAAAGAUGAAUGCAAGCACUUGCAGGCAGAGCAGGCUAACUCAGAGGCUACCAUUAACCAGCUAAGAGCUGAACUUGCCAAAGGACCUCAGGAAGUAGCUGUGUAUGUCCAGGAGCUGCAAAAACUUCAAAGUUCAAUCAAAGAGCUAGAACAGAAAAACCAGAAUCUGAUGGAGAAGCUGCUGAAGAAAGAGCUGGAUUACACGCAGCUAGAAGAGAAACACAAUGAAGUGUCUGUGAGUAAGAAGAACGUGCAGGCAAGCUUUCACCAGAAGGACCUGGACUGCCAGCAGCUUCAGGCCAGGCUGUCUGCGUCUGAAGCCUCGGUGCAGAGGUUACAGACAGAGCUGGGUGAGAAGGCAGAAGCGAACCAAAAACUGAAAGAAGAAUUGUCUGAAGUGGAGACAAAGUACCAGCAUCUCAAGGCAGAAAGCAAACAGCUCCAGCAGCAGAGGGAGGAAAAAGAACAGCAUGGCCUACAGCUCCAAAGUGAGCUCAGUCAGUUGCACAAUAAACUUCUCGAGACAGAGCGCCAGCUAGGGGAAGCGCACGGGCGGCUUAAGGAACAGAGACAGCUCUCCAGUGAAAAACUAAUGGACAAAGAACAGCAAGUGGCUGAUUUGCAAUUAAAACUUUCUCGUGCUGAAGAGCAGCUAAAGGAAAAAGUGGCAAAUUCCACUGAAUUACAACAUCAGCUGGAUAAAGCAAAACAGCAGCACCAGGAACAGCAGACACAUCAGCAAAACACUACRGCAAAGCUACGAGAAGCCCAGAAUGAUUUGGAGCAAGUGCUACGACAAAUCGGAGAUAAGGACCAAAAAAUACAAAAUCUUGAGGCCUUGCUUCAAAAGAGCAAGGAAAACAUCUCCUUGCUAGAAAAGGAAAGAGAGGACUUAUAUGCAAAAAUUCAAGCUGGUGAAGGAGAAACUGCAGUUCUUAACCAGCUACAAGAGAAAAAUCAUGCAUUACAAAUACAGGUAAUAACUCAGAGAUCUACUUCCUUUCUGUUAUUGUCGUUAUUGCAUCUUACUUCCUUAGCUUGUGUGAAAGCAAAGACUGAAUUGCUGCUUUCAGCAGAGGCAUCAAAAGCUGCCCAGAGAGCAGAUCUUCAGAAUCACCUGGACACUGCGCAGCAYGCACUGCAGGAUAAGCAACAGGAGUUAACUAAGGUCAGCACUCAGUUGAAUCAGGUUACGGCUAAGCUGAACGACAAGCAGGAAUACUGUGCUCAGCUGGAAGCCAAUAUCAAAGAGUACAAAGAGCAACAUCUUAAUUUAGAACAGAAAACUGAAGAGCUGGAGGGACAGCUUAAGAAACUUGAAGCUGACAUUUCUGAAGCUAAAGCAAGCAAAGAGCAAGCUCUGCAGGAGUUACAGCAGCAGCGACAGCAGUCUACAGAACUAGGCCUCCGAACAGCAGAGCUGAGUAAACAACUUGAAGCUGAAAAAGAAGUUGUGUCUAGUACUAAAAUGGAGUUACAGGAGAAGUCUGAGGCCCUUGAACAAGCGAAAAAGCAAAUUUUGAAGCAGGAGGAGGAGAAGACCAGCCUCAAACAAGAUCUUGAGAAAUCAAAUCAAGAUACAAGUAAACAGCUCAAGGAAUUGGAUUGUAGAAUGCAAGCAGCAACAUCAGAGCUACAACAAAUGAAAUUAGAGAAGGAAAGUCUAUUAAAGGACCUUACGGUUACCAAAGAAAAGCUUUCCAAGAGUUCUGAAUCCUUUAGAAAAAAAAAGGAAGAAUUAGAAAAAGAAAUACAGAAAGGAAAAACAGCUGUGUCAGAAAUGGAAAAAUCUUGCCAAGAAGUAAAACAUCAGCUUCAGGUACAAACAGAGUCUGUAGCUAAAGAAAGGAAUGAACUGAAAAACUCACUGGAAAAGAAGGAGGGGAUUUCUAAGCAGUUGUCGAUAGAACUUGAUUCAGCACGGGCGCAAGUACUGGAAGUUCAGGGUCUUCUAAAAGAGAAAGAAAAAAGUGAGCAGCAUCUCCAGGGAAAGCUGAGAGAGCUGAAGGAAUCCUUUGAACAGAAGAAAAGGCACAGUGAAACACUGCAAGCUGAAUUAAAAACUGCCCUUUUAGAAAAGGCAGAACUAGAGAAUAAACUGCAACAACAGAUGAUAUUGUCAGCACAGGAACUUAAAGCAGAGAAAGGAAAACUAGUAGACUUACAGAAGACCCAUGAAAAACACCAGCAAAACAUGGAAAAACUUCAGCUGGACCUUUAUGGGAAAGAGUCUGAGCUGCUGGCAACCAGGCAAGACCUUAAGUCCACAGAAGAAAAACUUGCUCUGGCUCAAGAAGAAUUAGUUUCAAGCAGAAACCGAAUUGCUAGUAGUAACCAGCAGAUCCAGGAACUUAAGAAAGCGAAGUCUACACUGGAACAGGAUUUAUCAAAGAAGGAGCAGCAGCUGUGUGAGAAGACCAAAAUGUUGCAGGAUCUUCAGAAUGACAAGAUUUUGAAAGAGAAGGACUUGGCUAAUGAAAAAUGUAAAACAACAGAGCUCCAGGAAAUAAGGAGUAGACUUGAAAAAGAAAGUGCCAAGCUGAGUGAAGAGCUUAGAACCUGCAAGCAAGAAUUUGAGAAGGAGGUGACAAAUCUCAAGGAUGCAAAGCAAUUGUUGAUUCAACAGAAAUUAGAACUGCAGGGCAAAGUAGAUAAUAUGAAUUCAGCACUAGAACAAGAGAAAAAAGCCCAACAAGUGAUCAAAGAUCAGCUGAAAAAGAGAGAAGAAGAACUGAAGAAAGCUUGUACUGAAAUUGAAACGAAACUGAACACAGAGAUAAAAGAUAAAGAAGAAGAAAACCGGAAACAUGAGGAAAAAGAGACCAAGCUGAACAUGCAGGUCACAGCUCUGAAYGAAAACUUGGCCACCAUGAAGAAAGAGUGGCAGAGCAGCCAGAGGAGAGUGAGCGAGCUGGAGAAACAGACGGAUGAUCUACGUGGGGACAUAGCUGUCUUGGAAGCGACAGUGCAGAAUAACCAGGAUGAGAGAAGAGCAUUGCUGGAGAGGUGUAUAAAAAGUGAGGGAGAAAUUGAAAAGCUUCAAACCAAACUUGUAGAAAUGAAGAAAAAGCUGGACAACACUACGGCUGCAAUGCAGGAGCUAGGCCGAGAAAACCAGUCACUACAGAUCAAACAAACCCAAGCUCUCAAUAGGAAGUGGGCAGAAGACAACGAGGUACAGAAUUGUAUGGCCUGUGGGAAGGGCUUUUCGGUGACAGUGAGAAGGCAUCACUGUAGAAAAUGUGGAAAUAUCUUUUGUGCUGAGUGCUCAGCAAAGAAUGCCUUAACUCCCUCUUCUAAGAAGCCUGUCCGGGUCUGUGAUACUUGCUUUAAUGACUUGCAAGGAUAACUGACUUACCUUGGGUGACAAGGAUAAGUUACACUAAAGUUUAGAAUUUCUGUCGAUGCACUUCGUUCCGCACUCAGACUACUAUUCAGUUUGGACAAUGAUUGUAACACUUGGCAAAAAUUAGUAUAUUUUAAAAUGUUUAUUGAUACCAAGUAAAACUAUUGUAUUUUUUGUGAGACAUGGGCUCRGAUCAUCCAUAGCUUAUUGCCAUUUAUCCUGGAAAGAGCUUCUAGGUCUAGAUAGAAAUACCCAGUUAUUUGUAAAUAAAGUUUAAACAGAGGAGUAACAAUGUAUUUUUUUAUCUUUUCUUUUGUUCAAGAGAAACAGCGUUUAUGUGAUAUUGCAGUUUAUUCUUGUUUCCGUCAAAGAAAAAGGAAGAUGCAAAAAUCUGUGAGGAUUUUGUGUAUCAAAUGUUGCUGUAAUGACAUAACUAAUUGUUGCAUCUGAUCGCAUAGCUGAUGUUUUUUACAAUUCCUUGUGAUUUUUGUUUCCUUUUUUUUUCCUCAUGUUCUUGGAAUUUCUGUAAAGUUCAACUCCACAAUGAGGGUGAACAGCUGGACUUACCUCCAACUCAGAGUUUUGUCUGCAAACGUAGAACUYGUUGCAGUACUAGCACCUAUGUCCUUACUCAGCUGCAGCACCUGGAUAUUGGAAUAUCUGUGCACACCCUGUACUGCUUCGUUUCUUUGUGUGUGUGUGAGAGAACUGGUGUGAACAAAUGAGAAGUUCUCUGUAGAUUUUUGUACACUUGAAAAGGCUGCUGAAGUGCAAAGUGCUUAGCUGGUUCUUCUAGCCUUGGAAAGGCUUGGAACACAAGAAGGGUUUAUCUAAAGUACCUGCCAGUGUUUCUGGCGCAGGUAUACACUUGAAAAUUGCCUCCUCUACAGAAAUAAUUCCUUGAAGAAAUCCAGAUUAACAGAGCCAUUAGACUCAUUAUUUGUCUUGGUCAGUGUCUGCUUCUGGAGAGCUGGAUUUGAAGCCUUCUGUUGUCUCACUCAUGACUUUGGGAAACUGAGCAAGGUGAAGAUGUGAUGCUCUUGCUGCAGGUGCACUAGGUCCCUUUGUACAACACAGAUGCUAGUACUGCCUGCUGGGCGAAGGAUGAUCACAUGGAGCCAAAGAGCCUUUAAGAGGGAAGAAAAACAUGACUGCAUGAAAAGUGCAUGAAGCACAGGAAGCUGGAAGACUCUGAAGGAGACUAAGGGAAGUGGCUAAAAGAACCGCUGUGUUAAGGCAAUGUACCUCUGAUCUGGUACAUUUGCAAGCUGAGGAGAGCUCUGUCCUAAAGAGGAAAUGGUAGAAGCUCAAGUAGAGUUGUUCUUAAUUCUGCCUUUUGGGAUGCCUUAUUAAGUCUGUGUGAUGGCAGGCAAGGUCAUCUUGGCUGGUGGCAGAAACAGUGGAGUUGCUUGGCUGCAGAACAACCCUCAGUCUGGAGUUUCCACCUUAAGUGGCAAAGCCAGCUUGAUUUUUGAAGCUUUUUUUUUCUGACCAGUUUAUAUGAUUUUGAGGGAAUUAAAAUGCUUUAAAAUGCAUAUUUAUAGAAAGAAGGGUUGUUGGAUUGUUAAAAUAAGGAGCAGGCAUUUGGGAGUAGAAGCUUUCAUCCUUGAAGUGUGAAGCUGCAGCAAUAGUUGCAGAGUUGUGCAGCUUUUCAUUGCAGCAAACUUACGGCUUCAUUGCUAAAUUUUCUGCUCCUUCCUUUCUGUUUAUGAUUCUCCAUGCUGCUUUGUAUUCAUUGCCGAGUUAGUGGCAUAAUAGGCCAUGUCCUGCUCUCAGUCUUUCUGCCAGGUUAGAAUUUGUGUACAAGCUCAGUAAAAUGACCCAUGAGAUGGAUAAAAAGAGAAACUGGAAGGAGAAAAGCUUUGUUAUAAUUCUCCCUGCARCUUUUGAAUGUUUUGAUGGCUGCUGGCACAGAUAGAUUGUCGGUGGGUAUGUGGUUGCUUCUUGCAUUGCUUUAAAAAAUAAAUAAGAAAACAGUAAAAGGUCUGGAUGAUUUUACCGCCGCACUGAUUUAAAGGAUUCAAGGCAAAAUAGUCUAAUAUACUGAGCUGCAGACUGAAAAAACAGAAGCAGAGGAAAAACUAAUAAAAUGACAGAAGAGACCAGAACCUUAAGAACGAGAGAAAGUUUGGGGAUGUGUUUUAACAGUCUCAACAGCAAGAACCAGAUUGUGCUGAUUCACCAAGGGAAGAGUCACUGUAGAGCAAGAGAUAGAGAAAAAUUGUAAAAAGCAUUACUCACAAAACCAUACUCAAACCAGUGAGUAUGUAAGCUUCUGGCGUUGCUUUAUGAUUACUAGCAAUUACUGUCCCAUCAGGGAUGGUKCAGUUAAGUGUGGGAUUUGUUUUUCCAGCUUUGGAUUCGAUGUCCCACAGGAGGGACCAUUGGACCAGCGCCAAAGAAGCUUUAUAUGAGAGGAUGGCUGCUACAUGGACCAAGGCAAACCGUGGAGGCUGUCUGAGCAGUGUAGAGGAUGUUCUUUUUGAGGGAGUCUUCUUGGAGAUGCUGGAUCUUUCCCAAGACAAAGAGGCAGGAUGCCCUUUCUUGUUGCUUCCAAAAUGCUAAAUCCUUUUGUUCUGCUUCUAUACUGCAAUUCUUAUGGAGGCACAGAGCACUGCUGACCUGAGUGGUGAGCUUCUGACCUUAGCUGGGUAUGCUUCCCUGCUUCUUCCCUUAUAUUCCUUCCCUUCCCCUCAUCGUCCUCUUGCUGCAAAGGCUGAAGAAAGAGGAUAAAAUUAAUGUGUCGCAAUAGGAAAAGCUGCUGCCCGUCAAGAGCUGAAAAAAAUGUCCUUCUGCAACUUCCAGCAGAGGGAAGAGGCUGUGGAUUUGGAGGGAGCUCAUUUUUCACCUGGCUGCAUUCUCUGGAACCCAGACUGCAAAGUCUGACUGUAGAGCACAGUGAUUUUUUUUUUUUCCUGUUUUUGGAGGUAAGGAGUUGUCAAGGACUGCAGAGCACCGAGUCUGCAAGAGCAAUGAAUAACCAUUUAGGUUGCUYUUGGAGGUGACCAGGAUUAUUUAUGAAUCCUUACUGGAGGACCUUUCUUAGUGAAGCAGGUAGGGGGUUGUGAGCAGAGCUGUGAAGUAACCUUGCCAUGUUUGUAUUAUGUUAGCAAGAAGGAUCAUGUCUCGUGUACUAGAUGUAAGUAAGAAAAAUUGCCUUCCUAUAGAAGAGGGGAACUGGAAAACCCAUGUGCUUUUCUAGAUUUAAAUGUCAGUUAACAACAAAGUGUUAGCAAACGCUUUUUGCAAAAMUUAAAAAUUUACGUUCACCACUUGGUGGCUGACAGAAAACUGCUGGAGCUUACGUUCAAACAGAAGAUAAACUAUUUCCAGAAGACCAAGAAGAACCUCUGGAACGAUACUAUGGUUUGAAUAUUUUGAAGCUGAUAAACUACUCUUCCCACUCUCAAAUAUCCCUGGAGGACUAGGAGACAACACUGUCACUUGCACUGUGCACUUUUUGCUGUCUGACAUAACUGCRUGUGAUCCACAGCUGGUGGAAUGGUGUUGGACGUGUUAGCUGUAAUCAUUAGAAAGAUUAUCUUUGUCACUGAAUUACAUGUGCCCACACAUAAUUCCUUUGGAUAAGGUCAUCACCUGAGAGCAUAUGUAACAACAGAAUUCAUGUAGUCACACACAUACUGUCUUUGUGGAGCUUCUUUUGAAGAUUUGAAAUAGAGUGCGUGAACAGUAUGUAUUUUCAAAGCCCUUACCUGCUGUCCAGUGUUAAAUUUUUGAAGUCUUGRCCUCAACAUCUCUUAUAGGAUAAGUUUUAAUGUCCAACCGCAGUGUUUCUCCAUAAAUAAAUGAUUUCAGAAACAGUAAUAAUUAGGCAGUAAGAGCUUUCUUCAGAAACUCUUCUUUCGGGGGUAUUGCUUUCAUUUUAAGGAACUCUGAAUAAAGAAGGGUGUGUGUGUGUGUGUCUGUCUAGAGAGAGACAAAAAUAGGUGCCACUUCAGAUCACAGUGGAGAGUAGCUCCUAGUGUAGUGUAGUUAACUCUGCCUUCAUCUAUAGCGCACCACGUACUAUGCACUCACUGCAGCAGGUAAGGAGUAUCUGCUCACUGGGUUAGGUCAAGUGAAGACUACCUAAAACCCUGCUAACCCUUUUGGUACAACGUUCCUAAGAAAGCAGAACCCUAGUUGGAAUAUUUUCCAUUUUUUUUCCUUCCCCAUAAAACCCAAAAUUGAGAGUAAAUUCAUCUUUACUUCCUGCCUUUUUGGGGCAGAGGGCUCUAGGAAGAGUGACAUGCAGAGAACAUGUCAACGGGGUUAAGCCAAGGGGCCCGUACGGGCAGGUCCAGGCUCCCGUUGUUGACUUUGCUGCAGAGGACUCUGUUCUGUCACACUAAAUCCCAGCUCCUGGCACAAAGGGGAUAUUUGAAGGAAUGUCUCACUGGCCUAGCAGAUACCAGAACUUUUUAUAGCAAUGUGUUCAAAAUACUGCUUGUGUAGGAUUUGUCACUUUUGUAAGAAAAGGAAAAAAAAAAAAAACAAAAAAACAUAAAGCCACAGCCCCACUAUUUGAUGCCGUUACAUACAAUUUUAUUUAAACUACCUCUCAGUGUGAAAUUCAACCAUUAGGAUAGUUUAAAUGGUCUGCUCACUGUCAUGUUGUGUAAGAGUGUAGUGAAUGCCAAACUGCAAAAGUUUAUCACCAAAAAGGAAAAAAAAAAAAUAAGUCUUUGUGUAUAUGUUUGCAAGUAUGCAAUGGCUUCAAGUUAUCRUAUAAACUCCAUAUUGUUUAACCUCUGUAAUUUCAAUCCUGCAAAUUCUAGCUGCUGGACAAUAAAUAAAUCAUAACUGCAAGCUAUCGGUCAUGGUUUGCUGGGUAGCAAUAUGGGUAACAAGAAUUUUGCAUACAACUUUGUCAUUUGACUGUAGAAAGCCUCAUUCACCAAAUGAAAAAAUAAUUUUGUCUGUUUUUUGGUUCUUUUUUUUUAAUUUCUUCAGUACCCAAGAUGAUGAACGGUYGGCUGUAAUGGAUGCGUGCCACAAAUUGCAUUGUCUUUUUUUUGACUCUUGCCUGGAUUUUAAUGAUCRGUUUCUUAUUGCAGAUGUGAAUAUUGCAUAUACAAUUUAUUUUCUGUAUAAU